GGGGCUGACGGCUAGCUGCGGUGGCAGGCGGAGGGCUGAGGGCCUAGUAUGUGGGGCCGAGGGCACUUUUCUAGAACUUCUGUGGCGGAAAAUGUGAGUUUUUCAGGAAUUGUCCAGAUGGGUGAAGAUAUGCAUUACAGUAAAGUUGAAGAUGUGGUUGGAAGUCAUGUGGAAGAUGCAGUAACAUUUUGGGCCCAGAGUAUGAGUAGGAAUAAGGACAUUAUGAAGAUUGGUUGCUCAUUAUCUGAAGUUUGUCCCCAUGCCAAUUCAGUUUUUGGGAAUCUUGAUCCAAAGAAGAUUUAUGGUGGAUUAUUUUCUGAAGAUAAAUGUUGGUACAGAUGCAAAGUACUGAAAAUCAUCAGUGAUGAAAAGUGUCUGGUGAGAUACAUUGACUAUGGAAAUACUGAAAUUCUAAAUCGAUCUGAUAUAGUUGAGAUUCCUUUGGAUCUGCAAUUUUCUAGUGUUGCCAAAAAAUAUAGACUUUGGGGACUACAGAUUCCUUCUGGCCAAGAAGUUACCCAGUUCGAUCAGGGCAGAACCUUUUUGGGGAGCUUGAUUUUUGAAAAGGAGAUAAAAAUGAGAAUUAAAGCAACCUAUCAAGAUGGAACAGUUAUUGCUCAGGCUGAGUAUGGCAGUGUGGAUAUAGGGGAGGAGGUGGCUAAAAAAGGAUUUGCAGAAAAAUGUAAGCUCACUUCCAGCACUAACACCUGUGAGGAAAAAAAAUCAGAUCCUGGUCAUCUUGUCCUCAGGAACCUCAAAAGCCCCAUUCCCUCAUGGGGGCAUAGAUCAAACCAGUCAGCCUUCACCCGGCCAAAGGGGCGCUUAAGUGGGAGGAUGACUCUUGACCUGAAGAAUGAAAAUGAUGCAGGAAAUCAUGUGACAUUUCCAAAGGAAAAUUUGGCUGUUGGAGACUUUAAUUUAGGGUCUAAUGUCAGCCUGGCAAAAAUUAAGCAGGACCAGAAGCUGAUUGAAGAAAAUGAAAGGCUUAAAACAGAGAAGGAGGUUCUUCUUGAAAGUUAUAAAGUUCUAGAAUCCAAAGUACAACAGACUGCCCAGGAGCUGCAGCAAGAGAAAGCGACUACCAUGGAUUUGACUAAACAUUUAGAAAGCACUCUGAAGACUCGUGUAGGUACCAGAAUGGAAAAUCUGGCAGCUAAGGUUGAAAUAUUGAAAGAAAUUAGACGUGUCAACAUCAAUGUUCAUUUUGGAAAUGACCUUUCAGAUGCUAUGCAAGUGUUAGAUGAAGAGUGCUUUACUACCCCAGCUUCUUUGACUGAAUUAGAGAGAAUUUGGGCAGAAUACAAUCUUGCUCAGGAGAACAUACGAACUUGUGAAAAUGUGAAUGAAGGAAAUAUUUUGAUUGCCAAAAGAAAUGAAGUGCAACAGAAACUGAACAUGGCAGUAGAAGUUUUUAUUCUGGAAGUAGAUGAGUUACCUCUUAAUAAACGCUUGACAACAUUGCAGCCCUCUGGCAUUUCUUCAUUUAACUCCAAGGAUUUGUCAACCUCUUUAGAGGCAGCAUAUGGACAGGCCAAAGAAGGGACAAACUCUGAAGAAAUACUUAAGAAAUUUUAUGACUGGAAGUGUGAUAAAAGAGAGGAGUUCACCAAUGUUAGAAGUGAAACAGAGGUUUCUCUACAACGUCUUGUAGCAUGGUUCCAGAACACUGUAAAGGCUUUUGAUCUCUCUGUGGAAGAGUCACGAACUUCUGAAGACACAAUCAGUAGUCUUGAUGAAAUUCUAGAGAAGACUGAGUCAAGUGUCUGCAAAGAGCUGGAGAUAUCUCUGAUUGAGCAAGGUGAUGCAGACAAGGAGAUCAUUUUAAAUACAUAUAGUCAAGUACUACAAAAGAUCCGUUCAGAGGAAAGGCUUAUUACUACAAUACAAUCCAAGUAUGAGGACAGUAUUGAGUUUAAGAAGCAGAUUAUCGAAUGUUUAAAUAAGAACCCCAAUGUGGAUCACUUGCUGUCCAUUAAAAAGACAUUGAAAAACUUAAAAGCUCGACUGAGAUGGAAAUUGGUUGAAAAGAAUAAUUUGGAAGAAUCUGAUGACCAUGAUGGAUCUGAAAUUGAGAGAAUAAAACAAGAAAUAGCUCAGUUGCGCAAUAGCGUCUUUCAGGAAAUUUAUCGUGAGCAGGAGGAAUAUGAGAAGCUGAAUAGCCUGGUACAGAAAUGGUUCCCUGAGCUGCCUCUGCUUUAUCCUGAAAUAGGGUUACUUAAGUACAUGAACUCUGGUGGUCUUCUUACUAUGAGUUUGGAACGGGAUCUUCUUGAUGCUGAGCCCAUGAAGGAACUUAGCAGCAAGCGUCCUUUAGUUUGUUCUGAGGUUAAUGGGCAGAUAAUUCUUUUAAAGGGCUAUUCUGUAGAUGUGGACACAGAAGCUAGGGUGAUUCAGAGAGCAGCCGCCUAUCACAGAGCUUGGAGAGAAGCUAAAGAAGAGUCUGGGUUACUACCAUUGAUAUUCCUAUUUUUGUGUAAGUCUGAUCCUAUGGCUUAUCUGAUGGUCCCAUACUACCCUAGGGCAAACCUGAGUGCUGUUCAAGCCAGUGUGCCUUUAACUUCAGAAGAAGCUUUAAAGGUCAUGAAAGGUGUUGCCCAGGGCCUGCAUAUAUUGCACAAGGCUGACAUAAUUCAUGGAUCACUUCAUCAGAACAAUGUAUUUGCUUUAAAUCGUGAACAAGGAAUUGUUGGAGAUUUUGACUUCACCAAAUCUGUGAGUCAGCGAGCCUCAGUGAACAUGGUAAUCGGUGACUUGAGUUUGAUAUCACCUGAACUGAAAAUGGGAAAGCCUGCUUCUCCAAGUUCUGACUUGUAUGCUUAUGGCUGUCUUUUAUUAUGGCUUUCUGUUCAAAAUCAGAAAUUUGAAACAAAUGAAGAUGGAAUCCCGAAAGUGGAUCAGUUUCAUUUGGAUUAUAAUGUCAAAUCCCUCCUCUAUAGCCUGAUCUGUUGUAGAAGUUCAAUGACUGCUGAGCAGGUUUUGAAUGCUGAAUGUUUCUUGGUGCCAAAGGGGAAAUCAACUCUAAACCCAGAGAAAGAUACUGAAUAUACCCAAUAUAAAGAAAAAGAAGAAUUAAAGAUGGAGAACUUGGAUAAAUAUAAGGAAAAGACAAGAAAUGAUGAAGCCAACUUUGAUUGAUAGAUUAGUAUUUUUUUUGUUGUUACAGAUGUUCCUUUUAAAACUUUGUUUAGUUUGGUUAAAUAAACAGAAAAAAAUCUGGAAUUUUUCUGGAGCUAGUUGGGUUGUGUCUUUGGUAUUCCAGUUGUGAAAAAUAAAAGAUGUUUGG